UCCCGUGGCCCGGCGGCCCUCGCGCGCUCCGCUCCCGCGGCGUCCCCGCGCGCGGCCGCCCGGGAAAUGGCGGAGCUGGAGGUGGGGCGGCACUGCGGGGUGGCGGGUUGCCGCCAGCUGGAUUUUCUCCCCUUUGUAUGUGAUGGCUGUUCAGGUGUUUUUUGCCUUCAGCACAGGAGCCGGGAUGCUCAUGGAUGUUCUGAGGUGAAUACAAGAAACAAUUCUGUGAAACCAGAUCAGCACAGAUCUUACCCCUGCUCAUACAAGGACUGCAACAGAAAGGAACUUUUGCCAGUUUUAUGUCCUUACUGUAAAAAACAUUUUUGCCUAAGACACCGGCAUCAAUCAGACCAUGAAUGUGAGAAACUGGACACACCAACACCUCGAAUGGCUGCCACCCAGCAGCUAGUUAAACAUAUUAUAGAUUCUAAAAAAAAUGAGGAAGCAAAAAGCAAAAAACGUAAAGGAGCAAAAAACAGUGAGACAGCAGCAAAAGUGGCAUUAAUGAAACUGAAAAUGCAUGCGUGUGGGGACAAGUCCUUGCCUCAGACAGAAAGAAUUUACUUUCAAGUAUUUUUACCAAGGGGGAACAAAGAGAAAAGCAAGCCCAUGUUCUUUUCCAGUAAGUGGAGUAUUGGCAAAGUAGUAGAUUUUGCAGCUUCCUUAGCAAGCCUUAAAAAUGAUAACAACAAAUCAACAUCCCAGAAAUUGAGAUUAUGCCAUACUGCCUCUGGAGAAGCCUUGCCAUUUGAGCACACCUUGGAGACAUGGCUAUCUGAUAAAGACUAUCCAUUGUACAAUGGUGGAAAUAUAAUUUUGGAGUAUCUUGAUAAUGAUGUUCUAUUUAUAGAAGAUACAGAGUCAUACUUUAGUUAAUCAGUAAAUUAUCACAAAUAAAAAAUAUAUAAUAAAGAUAAUAAAGAGAACUUUAAAUUAUCAUUUUCUAAUUCUUGUGUAAAAGAAGAAGAAAUAUGGUAAGAGAGAAAGAACAACAGUUCAACUAGAAGCAUUAGCAUUCAACAGCUUGCAAUUUCAUCCUGGCCUUUCUGACCUGAAGUAAAUCUGUUUUUUCCUCUUCAGCAGUCUGCAAGAUGGACUUACCAAGUUUUAAAGCAGUUGUUUACAGUGAUUGUGUGUAAUGAAGUUAUAUGUCUGGGUGCAUAAGUAUGACCUAUAGAAUUAAUAGCUUUCUCAAUUAUGUCUUGAAAUUGUUUGGUGCUCAUUAAGAAGAUUGUUCAGAGUAUCAGUAGUUGAUGUAUUCCAGUUUUUGGAUACAAGUUGGUAGAUUUCAAAGCUGGAUUGUAAAUUCAGAGUGAACAUAGCAAGGAAGAACUGCAAGAUUAUCACAGUUAUAGCUGUUUUGCAUUACCAAAACAUAAAAACAUGUAACAUUGCACACAAAUAUUAGGGCCAACGCUUUCCUAACCAUACGCUCUUAUGUGUAACCAAGGAGCCUUGCUUCAUCUGCCUUCAAUGGGCCUGUUGCAACCUAAACUCAUUCUGCAGUGGCCUGUCUCUAAGCUAGAGGAGUAGAACCCUUUCAAGAUUAAUCCCUACAAUUUGCUUUCAUCUGUUUACAAUUAUUCAGCCAGUGUUCUCCAACUGGGAGGAGCUCUAAAGGCAAUCCCACAGUGACAGAACAGUGUACAAACAGGUGUAAACAGCAGUGGAAAGCACAAGCCUGAGCUCCAUCUGCAAGGCUGUGGUGUGUUCCUACCGCUCCGUGGUGCUGUGCAGUGUGAAAGAAGUACUGAGGCAAACUGGUCAUCAGACACUGAAAAGGCUAGCAAGAUUUUCAGCUGCAAUCAGUGCAGCAUGUAAGGAGGAUCCAUUGCUACUGGAAGGACCUAGUGGCUUGUAAGCAGGGUGCAGUAUUCAGGCAGAGGUGGAGAAAUCUGUUUCCCGCAGCCUGAGUCACUGCUAGAUCAGUGUGAUUCACCUUUCAACGAGUUUGAAAAGAGAAGAGCUGCCUUUCUUUUUCAGGCAACUAUCUUCAUGUGCUGUUCCCAAGUUCGCAAGGACGUUGCAGCUUAUACGUGCGCCGUGACUGAACAUACUAAGCAAUUCCCAGAGGUGUAACUGGGCCACAGGGAGACUGAAUGUCUACAUUGUUCAAAAAUGUCAAUAUGAUGCAUUGCAGGGACAUUGUCCUGCCAUUGCAGGACACAGAAGUGGGGAGAGACUCUAUGGGGAGGGCAGGGGACAUAAGGCUAAGGAGUAUUGCUAGUCCUGUGAGAAAUGGAGUUUUGUUCGGAGAACUGACAUGAAGCAGAGAGGUGCACUCUGACCUGCAAGUGGAGGUGGACAGUGCACCACGGUCACCUGGGCAUUCACAAAUCUGAAUCAAGGCUCAUUCAGUUACUCUGUUCACUAACUGAGAAAAACCAUCCAGGUCUUCCUCUAGUACAUGCUUGCCUAAAGGGAACCAUUGUCCACUGGCUAUAACACUACAUUCUGGUUCAUUUGUACUGGUUUGAAAACAAACAGCCAUGUAUGAUAUGCCCACUGGAGACACAGCUGCAAUAAAACUAAAAAAUCACAAUGUAA